GUUUUCUCACAUGAUCCGAGUUGUCUAGAAUCGGGAGACCGUCGUGCGGACAAAACGGAGGAGAUGGUCGAACGACGCUGGACCACGAGUCUGCUGGCUUUGAUUGGCAUCCUCGCGACACUGACGAGCUGCGACACUGUCCCGUGGCAGGAGGAAAAGCUGAAACAUGAAGCAACCACACUGAGCUCCAGUGAACUAAGUAGUGUGGUAUCUCGUACUGAUCUAGACCGGAUGUGGCAGAAGGACCUGAAGCCCAUGCUUGUUGUGCGCUAUCCUGGUUCAAGUGGCAGCCAAAACGUUCAGCAGCAUAUUAAAUCAACCCUCAACUCAAUGAUCGCGGGUUGGCAAGUGACGGAGGAUGCCUUCUAUGCUCAUACGCCUUAUGGCCAGUUUCCUUUUACCAACAUAAUUGCAACUCUCAACCCUGCGGCCAAACGUCAGUUGGUUGUGGCCUGCCACUUUGACUCCAAAUACUACCCUCCACAGUGGGACGGCCGUGAGUUUCUUGGAGCAACGGAUUCUGCUGUUCCCUGCUCUAUGAUUCUGGAGCUGGCAAGAGCCCAAGAUGAUGAACUAAAGACCUUGAAGGACUCUGGGUCAGAUCUGUCUCUGCAGCUCUUUUUCUUUGAUGGAGAGGAGGCUCUUUACCAGUGGACCUCUGAAGACUCUCUGUACGGCUCCCGUCAUUUAGCGCACAAAAUGGCGACAACAGCACAUCCACCGCAAGCCUCCAACACCAGCCAGCUUGACGGAAUUGAUUUGUUUGUUUUACUGGACUUGAUUGGCGGUCCAAAUCCUCGAUUCGGUAAUCAGUUCUCCAGUACGACCCGAUGGCUUUCCAGACUACAAAAUAUUGAGCGCCGGCUGCAUGCGCUCGGCCACCUUAAGAAUCACCCCAAUGAGGUUCAAUACUUCUGGCCUGGCCUGCAUGUGGGUCUAAUUCUGGAUGAUCACAUACCUUUCCUCAACCAAGGGGUCCGGAUUCUCCAUCUCAUUUCGACUCCUUUUCCUGCAGUGUGGCACACCUUUGACGACAACGAGGAGAACCUGGAUCGAAUCUCCAUUAACAAUCUCAACAAGAUCCUGCAGGUCUUUGUUCUUGAAUACCUCAACAAGAAAAGUCUGAACCCUAUGGCUGAAGGCUCCUAAUGUUCCCAAAAUCUACAAUCAUUCAUCUAUCCCAUUUCUCAUACUGACAAGUGCAGG